AUGAUUUACGUUGUUGCAGAUGAUGAUAGUGUUCAUUUCUCACAGAUGUUCAAGAUCCUUGAGGCACUCAAUUUAAGCGAUCUGGUAAAGAGGCUGCAACAUGUCCAGUUCAGCGAAAUCUCAUGGGUUACUGAAAUGCUCGGGAAAGGAAACAAACCACAACUCAUUCUUGAUAAAACCCUAAAGCGAUAA